CGGGUCUCCAGCGAGGGGGCGGUGGCCUUGGUACUGACCGAGACUCCCGGCCCCCGCGGCCCGCCACGUCCCGCACGUAGCGCUUGUCCGUGGCGCUGAGCUGCAGUCUGGUGCCGGGGGCUCCGGCUCCACCGGCGGGGCUCGGCAUGAGGCUGGCGCGGCUGCUAUGCAGAGCCGCCCUGGCUCGCGCGGGCCUCGGGCCGCGCUCCUCGGGCCCGGGUGCCAGCCGCAGCCUGGCCUCGGCCUCGGGCUCUGGGCCGGCGUCCGAGCGCGGCGUUCCGGGCCAAGUGGACUUCUACGCGCGCUUCUCGCCGUCGCCGCUCUCCAUGAAGCAGUUCCUGGACUUCGGAUCAGUAAAUGCUUGUGAAAAGACCUCAUUUAUGUUUCUUCGACAAGAGUUACCUGUUAGAUUGGCAAAUAUCAUGAAAGAAAUAAGCCUGCUUCCAGAUAACCUCCUCAGGACCCCAUCUGUACAGUUGGUGCAAAGCUGGUAUAUCCAGAGCCUUCAAGAGCUUCUUGAUUUUAAGGACAAAAGUGCUGAAGAUCCUAAAAUUAUUUUUGAAAUUUUAUGCUGUAGCCUAAGCUGGUGUCUAAUUGUAGCAAUCCUGCUUCAGCCCCAAGUGCCAAGAUUGGAGAUGAGUGACCGGGGAGGUGGUGUUCCAUUGAGGAAGAUUGACAGACUGUUCAAUUACAUGUAUUCAACUGCACCCCGGCCUCGAGUUGAGACAUCCCGCGCAGUGCCCCUGGCUGGUUUUGGUUAUGGAUUGCCCAUAUCACGCCUUUAUGCACAGUACUUCCAAGGAGACCUAAAGCUGUAUUCCUUAGAGGGCUACGGGACAGAUGCAGUUAUCUACAUUAAGGCUCUAUCAACAGAAUCCAUUGAAAGACUUCCUGUGUAUAAUAAAGCUGCCUGGAAGCAUUACAACACCAACCACGAGGCUGAUGACUGGUGUGUCCCCAGCAGAGAGCCGAAAGACAUGACCACGUUCCGCAGCACCUAAAUGCACUCAGGAUACCUGCAAAAUUCACAUGUCAUUUUUGCUAAAUUUGGAAGAGGUGGUGUUCAGAACCAUAUCAUACCACAUGUCAUGUGUGAUUUUCACAGUUCGUAUAUGCUAAACCUAAAGGAUGAAGUUAUACUGAUUUUACACUGAUAUGUUUAGUUAAUUGAACAUAUUUUUAAACACUCAUAGUUUUGGUCAGCUUCCCUCUUUAUGGUAGACUUCUGAAGUGCAAAGUCUCUGGGUUUCUUUAGAAAGCUGUGUAUUUUUUUAAAAAAUCAUUUAUGCCUUUUAAACUGGUUAGCAGUCUUUCUGUUUUCGGAAUGCUGCCAUCUGUUUAGUAGUGGCACCUAAUCAGAUGAUCUUCCUGUUACCCAGGAAAGCAGAACACAGUGUGGUAAGUGUAGACCCUUUCAGCAUCUUCAUGCAUUGUUGUAGCACUGAAGUUAAUGGAUCAUGGUAUAUUUUAUUGCAGUGGAUUAUAAUGAUUGGUUCCCUGUGGAGCUAAGUCCAGACCAUGGGUAGUCUGCUCAAUUAAUGCAAGUUUUUGUUUUCGUCGUUGUUGUUGACAGAGUCUCACUGUGUAGCCCUGAGUGGCCUUGAAUUCACGAUGUCUUUCCUUAGCCUCCUGAGUGCUAGAAUUAGAGGUGUAUGAACAGCAUCUGGCUUAUAAGAUAAAUGUUUACACCAAACUAAGCAAACUAGCAGUAGAAAAUAAACCAAGGGCUAAGCAGUAAUUGAACUGAUUGAUUGUUGAGAUUCUGUGGUGGAGCUUUUGAAAAGAAUGCACUUUUCUGGGUUCUACUCCAGAGUCUUGGGCUGGAGGCCAGGGAUAAUUUUCUUAAAGACUUUCUAGAUGAGGCUCCUGUCUGGCCUGCUGCAAUCACUCUUCAAAGUGAAUGGUGGCUGGGAUGGGAGACCAGGAUGACUGCAGGUCAGGUGACCAAAGGUGCUGUCACCUAGAUUUUUGCGGGCUGGAGAGAUGGCUCAGUGGUUAAGAGCACUGUCUGUUCUUGCAGAGGACUGGGGCUUAAUUCCUAGCACAUACAUGGUGGCUAACAACCAUUCAUAACUCCAGUUCUAGGGGAUCCA